UCGAUCUCGGGGGCAUAAAAACAUGUUCAUUCAAUUUUAUAUUAGACAGUUAUGAAGUAUAAAUCUGAUGUGUGAAUUGACAUGCUGUGAAUUUCUUUGCUUACAAAUUUCAGUCAGAAGUAUGGCGUCAUUUGCUAUGCCGGGCAGUCUUCAAGUGUUGUUGAUGCUUCUGGUUGCAAUAAGUACAUUUGAUGAAUUAGAGGCCAGACGAAGCUUUAGGUCCAGAUAUCGCGGCGGUAGCUAUCAGAGCGCUGGUUGGGACCAGACGGAGGCCAUUAUUUCAGUCAGCGUCUUCUUGGGUUUUAUACUAUUGGUCGUUGUGGUCACUAUCCUGAGGGCUCGAUGUUGUCCAGACUGCUCCCUCAGGGAAAGUGUGAGUGGCUGUAUAGACAACUGUAAAUGUCGUGAAAAGAGAGUGGACCACGUGAUAUUCGCAACAAAUGUAAAACUGAAGGAGAAACCAAAGAUCACGAGACCCCCUGUGAAGAGACACGUGUCUGAACUGAGGCUCGAGAUACAAACCCCCAAACAAGUGCUGGAGAAAAGAGACUCCAAGACAUUAGAAAAGAAAAUGUCUCUGUAUGAGUCCAAUCCAAUGCACUAUCGUGCCUUCAUGGAGCCACCUCCCGCGUAUGAAUACAUCGAUCCGAAGGAGACUGAAAAGGAAAAACAAUCGCAAUUUCUUCAAAAACGCCAGCGAAUUCACCGAGUGGCAUCAGAAUUAAAUGGCGACCAUAUCCAAAAAGCAAGAAUUCAGGCACAGUCAGAAAACAGUAAAGCGUCACCACGAACAGCGCUGCACAGUAAAGACGACAUGUUCACAACACCAGGCGGAAGUAGACGAGUACUCCGAACUGAAAGUGCACCACGAAUGAAGAAGGUAGCAUAUUGAAAGAGCAUAAUCAAAUUCCACCUAAAAGCUUCUGUUUAAGGCAGAGAAAAGCAAAGACGUCUAUAUCUCUGAUGGAAACGUGGUACACAACAAACUUCUACACAAAGUGCAUAUUCUUGUCGCCGUUCCCAGGCCUUCCUAAGUCCACAUGUUUAAACAGUGGCGCGGAUCUUUCCAUUGAUCACAUGUUUAAACAGUGGCGCGGAUCUUUCCAUUGAUCACAUGUUUAAACAGUGGCGCGGAUCUUUCCAUUGAUCACAUGUUUAAACAGUGGCGCGGAUCUUUCCAUUGAUCACAUGUUUAAACAGUGGCGCGGAUCUAUUCAUUUACCACUUGUUGUCCAUGAACGUAUUCUUUAGAUCUAUUCAAUAUUUUCACUUUUAGAAGCAGAUCAUUUGUUUGAACAUGUUUUACUGUACAGGAUCACAGACAUAAACAAAAUGUAAAAUUAUAUAUUAUGUAUUAUAAUACCAAUAGGCAAAACUGUUACUUGUUUGACAUUCGUGUCCAGCAUUCACCUAAUUGAAUUUCGGAAGGUAGGGAUUCAGAGAAUGGCGCUUAGUCUCUAGAGAUCUGUUUAGCAUAAAAAAAAUUUCUCUCUCUCUCUCUCUCUCUCUCUCUCUCUCUCUCUCUCUCUCUCUCUCUCUUCUUUUCUCUUUUCUCUGAGAAGUCGUUGAUGGGUGGGGAGUGGGUAAUCAAAUAACAGUUAAAUGUGGUGCUGAGUCCGUAAAAUGAUCAUGUUCUCCAAACCUUUGUCCUAUUUUGUAUGCACAUGUAGUGAGAAUUAGCCAAUGACAUUUGUAGUGAAUGCAAGAGGUAGUCUACGAGAAUUCCUGAAGAAUAUAAAAUAAUUUGUCUUCACUAUCUUCAUUUCUUUGUUACAGCUAAAAGUUUUUA